GUCAGCGGUUGUUAAACGUCACGUCCGAAGCCGCCCUGCACGCGGUGCGAGUUUUUAAGAGGAAGAUUUAGGUUGGAGCCGACUCCGAUGCCGCCUAUUCGAAUACACGUUAAUAGAUAGAAAUGCUCUCACGAGACAACUGCUCAAGUGAUCUGAAUAAUAUUUGCUCAAUUUGACAGAGAACAUUACUUUGUGGGGACUCUUAGAAGCAUUUAAUAUGCGCCCUGGCCUUUUUUUUUUUUUUUUUUUUUUUUACAGAAAUUGACAAAAUUGGCGAAAUUAUUAAAAAAAGUACUAAAGCGGGAAGGUGACAAAUGCUUAACUCUGCACUAAAAAACGCUAUCGCACUUCUCUAAAACGCAUCUUCUAGACAAUCUAAAGCGAGCGAAUUUGGUUUAGGAAUUUCUAGGUUCAAAUAAAACUUCUAUUUAACGAGGGUUUGGGAACGAAUUCCUCGCGGAUUAAUUUGACAUUUCAUAGCAGUGUAUUUCACCUGAAUUUUGUGCGCUUUAGAUGUACAAAUAAGUGCAAUUUCCAGAAUUGUGAGAUCACUUUUAUUGCCUAUAGCUAUAGGUCUAAACUUGAUAUUUUUGUUUAUUUCUUUUUCUAUUUUUCAGUUUUUCCAUAUUCAACAAAACUUUUUAAAAGGUGACAGCGAAAGCACAAAUGUGAUUUCUACAGUCACUACGUUCCACGUUUUUCUGGUGUAUGCAAGAAAUCUCAUCAGAAUCCAAACAGUGCUCGCCGAGACACGAUUUCUCUAUUACCGAAAAAUUAGAUAGGAGCUCUGAAGCUAAAUUAUCAUCAUAACGAGUUGCAUCAAAUGGUAAUGUUAUUAUUUCUUGCACAUAAGAAAAAUUAAACCACACAUCGAAAUUACAGGGUGGAGAGCUAUCUAUUAAAAAAAACGUGACCAUUUUUUCUUCCAAUAGUAGCUUAGGUCCUAAUGCUAAAUCAGUGGUAUGAUCGGUCCAACCAAUCAAACGACGAGUUAAUCAAAUGUUGCCGGUGGUGGAUGUAUUGCGCCUCUCACUCAACAGGAAAAGCGAAGAAAGGCGGUUCCGACGAGGUAGCCAAAGGGAAAGCCUCCAAGGCAGGCGCCAAGGCCGCCUCGAAGGCCAAGCCAGAUUCGAAGGCGGCUGCGAAGUCAGCUCCCAAGCCGGCUCCCAAGGCCGCUUCGAAAAAAGCACAGGGCUCGGACUCGGGCUCUCAUGAGUCUGGCAGCGAGGAACCCAAGAAGAAGCAGCCGAAGAAGACGAAAAAGUCUAGCGAUGAAGACGAGGACAGUAGCGAUGAAGAGAAGCCGAAGAAGAAAAAGGGGGAUGAUGACGGCAAGGGGAAAGACGGCGAGGGUGAGGAAGGAGAAGGAGAGGAGGAAGAGGAAGAGGAAGAAGAGGGUAUCUACAUGAGCACCACAGAGUUUGAAGCCUACAUAGCUCGUCGCGACUGCAUCCGGGACAUCGGCAAGUGCAUGCUGCUCAUAUUCAUGACGGCCUGCAUCGCCUACCUGUUCCACGUGUGGCGUCAGAGCGACAAGAAGCGCUACGGGACCGGCAUUGUCACCGAGCGCCGCACUCAGCCCUACAGCGAGGAGGAGGAGAAUGUCACGUUCCUGCUCAACAGGGUCCGAGACCUCGAUGUGGAUGACCAGCCGGAUGCCGUGCCCACGGAGUUCGGCCAGGCGGUUGGAGACUUUUAGAAAGUUUAUACGAAUAUAUCAAUUACCAAUUCGUUUUUUUUUGUUGUUGUUUCGUAUGACAUUUUUUAAUUAUUAACGCUAGUCGUCUUCCCUACAACUUUUUUUUUUCUCUCUAUUGCAUUCCCCCAAUUUUGAUAGCUAUUUUAAUUCGUCAGUAGCUUGGUCGGCGGUUUGCUCGGGACAUACGACUGGUGGCCGGCUCAGACGAAAGGGAUACAAAUGUUGCAAGUGCAGGAAAGACUGGUUGUCUCUGUGCUAUCAGGUUGUUCGUGGCACGGCGAAUUCAUCUGACGACGAGAACCGAGAGCCGAAGGAAGAGGCACAGAAACAUUGCUGCGGGUUUUUAGUAGGUUGUGCUGGUUUCCGUGCUUCCCGCGCAAUCCCUUCUGCAGGAGUAAGCCAAUUCCGAGUGUACGAACAUAGAGCCACCUUCCCAAAGUCGCCUAUAGCAAAACUAUGAGCUCAAAGAUGCUCAAGCCGUUAUUAUCUAAUGCACGCAUUCCACGCAUCACAAGCGUGUCUUCAGCAAUACGUUGGGUCUCUACAUUGCUUGAAUGCUAAUGUCAUUACCAUUGACAGCCAUCGU